AUGAGUCAAGGGUUUUCUCAUGAUAAGAAUUUAUCACAAGAUUGGUUAGACAUAGGAGAUUUUUGCAUUCCACUAGCACUAAAAUGGCGCACCCUAAUUCAUGACUGGUCGCCAGCCUUGCUAAAAUUUUAUCUCAAUGCGUUCCAGAUGACUCUCCCAGAUCAGAGUAAUUUAGUAAGAUGGGGUAAAGGUACCGAUAAAACCUGCUAUAUCUGCGGAAAGGCAGUUGGAACUGCCAAGCAUUUGCUGGUGGGAUGUAAGGUUCUCCUGGACAGCGGUCAAUACUCGCGUCGUCACGAUAGGGUUUUAGAGAUCAUACGUUUUGUGAGAGAGGGCACCAGGGCUAUAAAAUCAAACGUCAAGCCUUACUCUAUCCUUAAAGCGGCUUCGGAUUGGACUAUCAUGAUGGAUACGUAUGAGAAACAAUACAAAAUCCCCGAGGAUAUUUGUGCGUCGGCCUCCAGACCAGACAUAUUUCUAUAUUCGCGUAUUUUAGCGCGUUGUGAUGAUAGAGCUUACGGUGCCUUGGGAAACCAACAUCCCCAAAGACCAUGCCAUCAAGGUCAAUAA